AUGAAGCUCACAACCGAGACUGUGCUUCUUGCCGCCCUAUUCGCAGGGCAGGUUGCCGGCUUGGUGCCGAGGACAAUCAAGAUCAAACAGCACUACCGCGAGAACUCAACCUUUUCCAAGCUUUUUGCCGCGCCGCCCAUUGCCAACGGUGAGAUCGACCGCGCCGGAUGGAAGGCAAGGUGCGAUAGCUUCGAGCCAGGCAACGAGUGCGACAAGGCGAUUGACGGCAACAACGACACCUUUUGGCACACAAAGUUUGAGGACUCGAAUGUGCCGCACCAGAUCGUCGUCGACUUUGGCACCACGCACAACAUCAACGGCAUCUCGGCGCUGCCUCGACAGGACGGCAACGACCACGGCUUCAUUGCGCAGCACGACGUGGCCGUCAGCACGGACGGGAGCAACUGGGAGACGGUGGCGGCGGGGACCUGGUACGGCGGCGACAAGACGCUCAAGUACGCCAACUUUGAGACGCGUACGGUGCGCUACGUGCGCAUCCGGGCCACGAGCGAGGCCAACGGCGGCCCGUGGACGAGCCUGGCCGAGCUCAAGGCGUACGAGGCCAAGUCGGGCCCGGCGCCGUACAACCGGGUCGGCAAAUGGGGCCCGACGAUUAACUUUCCCACGGUGCCCGUGGCGGCAACCGUCGACCCCGUCUCGGGCAAGGUGAUUGUGUGGUCGUCGUACACGUACGACAACUACCUGGGGUCCUCGCAGGACCGCGUCUUCACGUCCAUCUGGGACCCGGCCACGGGGCUGGUGACGCCCAAGCUGGUGGACAACACGGACCACGACAUGUUCUGCCCGGGCAUCUCCAUCGACGGCACGGGCAAGAUGGUGGUGACGGGGGGCAACUCGGCGUCCAAGACGACGCUGUACGACUUUGCCAGCGGCACGUGGGCGCCGGGCCCGGACAUGAACCUGCCGCGGGGCUACCAGGCGUCGGCGACGCUGUCGGACGGGCGCGUCUUCACCAUCGGCGGCUGCUGGAGCGGCGGGUGGUUCGACAAGAACGGCGAGGUGUACGACCCCAAGGCGCGGACGUGGACGAACCUGACGCGGGCGCUGGUGCGGCCCAUGUUGACCAACGACACGCAGGGCAUCUACCGCGCCGACAACCACGGCUGGCUGUUUGGCUGGCGCAACGGGAGCGUGUUCCAGGCCGGGCCCAGCGUGGCCAUGAACUGGUACACGACGGCCGGCGACGGCAGCGUCACGCCGGCCGGGCAGCGCCGGCCCGGCGGCGACUCGAUGAACGACAACGCCGUCAUGUUCGACGCCGCCCGGGGCCGCAUCCUGACCUUUGGCGGCGCGCCCUCGUACCAGAACAGCCCGGCCACGGCGCACGCGCACCUCGUCGCCGUCGGGGACCCCGGGUCGCCGGCCGACGUGCGCCUCGCCUCCAACGGCAUGUGGAGCGCGCGCUCCUUCCACACGUCGGUCGUGCUCCCGGACGGCACCGUCUUCAUCACCGGCGGCCAGAGCUGGGCCGUCCCCUUCUCCGACGACGCGGCCCAGCUGACCCCCGAGCUGUACGACCCGGCCGCCGACUCCUUCCGCCAGCAGCAGCCCAACUCCAUCAUCCGCGUCUACCACAGCGUCGCCCUCCUGCUGCCCGACGCCCGCGUGCUCAGCGCCGGCGGCGGCCUCUGCGGCGACUGCAACACCAACCACUUUGACGGCCAGGUCUUCACGCCGCAGUACCUGCUGACCGCCGACGGCGCGCCCGCCGCCCGCCCCGCCAUCCGCUCGGCUGCCCUGUCCGGCCGCACAAUCACCAUCGCCACCGACUCGCCCGUCGCGUCCGCCUCGCUGGUCCGCUUCGGCACCGCCACCCACACCGUCAACACCGACCAGCGCCGCGUCCCGCUGACCUUGGUCCGCGCCGGCACCAACCGGUACACCGCCGAUGUCCCCUCCGACUCGGGCGUGUUGCUGCCCGGCUAUUACAUGCUGUUUGUCAUGGAUGAGAACGGCGUGCCGAGCGUUUCCAAGACGCUCAACUUCUUGGUGUGA